ACCAUUUGCUUAGAUAUAAUGAACACUUGAACCCAGGAAGAUGAUUUUACUCAACAAACCCAAUAAUGAGAGUUCAAUCCCUCUGAAGAGUAGUGGCUUCUUGUCAAGUUCACAACCUAUUACCUUGUGUGUAAAAAGGAUAUUCGUUUUAUUCCUGUUCUCGCUUUUCUUAUUGUUUCUCAAUACUAGAGAUCCAGUCAUUGAAAGAAAUGAAAGAGCUCUGACAAGAAAAAAUCCAUGCCAAGAGUCCUUGAAGACUGUUAGAGAUGUCAACUCCUGUCCCAAAGAUAAGAGUAGCUGGGAAGAACGAGCAAAGCUAAAGAACUGUGGGGAUGUUCCACGAAAGUGCUUUACAACAGACUUUGUUUACCAUUGCAUUUUAGAUGAGUACGGGAGAAGAUUGGUGGAGCUAUGUGCUGAAAGUGUUGAAGUUAUUGGCAGACGCUGUGCUGAGUUUUCUUCAGGUGGAAUGUUUGUACAGGAACAUUAUGAAAAUACCUGCAAAACAUGUCCGUAUGUCUACAAUUCCAGCCACAGCUAUUUAUGUAAGAAAUGA